UGAGCUCCACCAAUAGGAAGCGGACAGGAGUUCCUGCAGGACUGUCGUGGGCGCAGAGGAAGCUUCAGAAAUGUUUAAUAAACUUUUGAUAGUCGCUUUCCUCGCUGUUAGUUUAUACGGCGCGCCGUCAGAUGGACAGAAAAAGAAGGAGACCCUGCUGUCAGAGAAGGUCAGUCAGAUGAUGGAGUGGGCCAGUAAGCGUGCUGUGAUCCGGCUGAACGGAGAGAAGUUCAGGAGGUUGAUCCGAGCGCCUCCUCGAAACUACUCGGUCGUCAUCAUGUUCACAGCGCUGCAGCCUCAGAGACAGUGUGGAGUCUGCAAACAGGCAGAUGAAGAGUACCAGAUCCUUGCGAACUCUUGGCGCUAUUCGAGUGCAUUUACUAACAGGAUCUUCUUCGCGAUGGUGGAUUUCGAUGAGGGCUCGGAUGUCUUUCAGAUGCUCAACAUGAACUCGGCUCCGACGUUCAUCAACUUCCCGGCUAAAGGCAAGCCCAAGCGAGCGGACACGUACGAGCUGCAGGUCCGAGGCUUUGCGGCCGAGCAGCUGGCUCGAUGGGUGGCCGACCGGACGGAUGUGCAUAUCCGGGUGAUCAGGCCUCCGAACUACGCCGGGCCGCUGAUGCUGGGCUUGCUGCUGGCCUUCAUCGGCAGCCUGGCUUACCUGCGCCGCAAUAACCUGGAGUUCCUCUUCAAUAAGAACGUCUGGGCUUUCUCUGCGCUGUGCUUUGUUUUGAUCAUGACUUCAGGUCAAAUGUGGAACCACAUCCGAGGACCUCCGUACGCUCACAAGAACCCAAACACCGGCCAGGUGAGUUACAUCCACGGCAGCAGUCAGGCUCAGUUUGUGGCAGAGACUCACAUUGUUCUUCUCUUCAAUGCUGCCGUGACUUUAGGCAUGGUGCUGCUUCACGAGGCUGCGACCUCUGACCUGGACGUCGGGAAGAGGAAAAUCAUGUGUGUAGCAGGAAUCGGGCUGGUGGUGCUGUUCUUCAGUUGGCUGCUCUCCAUCUUUAGGGCCAAAUAUCACGGAUAUCCUUACAGCUUCCUGUUUGGUUAAACGAAGACCCCCGGAGGAACCGUGGCAAAUAUUAAUGCGCAAAGUGCCUUAAUGUUUAAAAUGAGAUUGAUUUGGUAAAGUUCUGCUUGAGCCUGUAUGUGCCUUUUUGCUUUUUUCUUUUAUAUAUUACAGAUUUUAAAGGUUUUAAUGAAAGUUUAAGUUAACUGAUCUCUCUCCCUGAGUGGUCUAGUGUAAGGAAAGGUGUGUGUUUGGUGUAAAGAUGGAUGCGCUGUGUGGCAUGACUUGCAUGAAUUGUUUUGCAGCUGAUCAGAUGUACAGUUUUAUAUUGAAUUUGGUCGGGUUAAAAGGCGUAGAUUUAGAAGAGGCACAAAAGCAAGCAAGGCGUUUUCAAUUCUACCUCAUAAAUGUGCAUAUCAAGUGUCCAAAGUCAAAGCGACGUCGGUGUAGCUUCUGAGGUACGUGUAUGAGGUUCGCUGGGAGAUGGAAGCAGGAGAGCUCAGGGUGAAUGGAAGUGUUUGCUGUUGUCCUGCCUCAGGUGACGAUUUCUGCCAUUAAAAGUGCCUUGAUUGCU